AUGAAUAUCAAUAAAGAACAAAGCGAGAGACCGUGGUAUAGAGUUAAUGAUACCGAUGAAAGGAACGAAGAGGCAAGAAUGGCAUUUGAAACCUUGAUGACGGUGCGACAACGAGAACCGCAUUCCAUGGAAUAUCAAAAAUUUUCACGAGAAGUCAAACGUCGAGCUUCAAAGAUAUAUCCUGAGUUUAGCUAUGGAAAUGACGAAGUAAAUAGUUUUGUUGGAAUCUUCCAUGAUGCUGUAGUCAUCUAUGCCACCGUACUAAACGAAAGUAUAAGAGCGGGAAACAUUCACCAUAACAACAUCAAACUGGCGCAAAGUCUGUGGAAUAGAACAUUUCCAGGAUUAAGUGGAACUGUAUAUAUCGACGAAAAUGGUGAUCGAUUGAUAGACUAUUCUCUAUUAGACAUGAAUCCUGAAACCAGUAAAUUUGAGGUUGUAGCUAAUUAUAUUGGAAGAGAAAAAAGAUAUGAAGCGGUACCUGGUAAGGUCAUCCAUUGGCCAGGGGGUAAAGGUGGACCACCAAAAGAUACACCAAUAUGUGGCUUUGAUAAGGCACUUUGUCCCCAAGAAGCUACUAUGCCAGAAUAUAUAAUUGUGAUGAUUGUAUUAGGAAGUCUACUAAUUAUGGUUCUUGUGGCUAUACUCUUCAUAUAUAGGCACAUGAGAAUGGAAGCCGAGUUAAUGAAGAUGAACUGGAGGGUCAAAUGGGAUGACUUGGUGUUCCAUACUAAAACGUUAGAUCGCCAAGACAGUCACUACUUUACACAGAGAAAAGGUUCUCUAAUUAGCUGUGGUUCGAAUGAAACUUUACCAGUUCAUGAAAAAUCAGGCAAGAAAAAACAACUUUUCACGAAAACAGCUUUUUAUAAGUGUUUAUUAAUAGCUGUAAAACCAUUAAAUAAAACCAAUAUCCACAUCAAUAAAACUUUACUUAUAGAAGUCAAAAGAGAUGUUCUAGAAAAUGAAAAGAUUAGUCUAGAUUGGAUGUUCCGAUAUUCAAUAAUGCAAGAUAUUGUCAGGGGUAUGAUUUAUCUACAUAAUAGUGAUAUACGUUGUCACGGAAAUCUUAAAAGCACAAAUUGUGUGGUGGACAGUCGGUUUGUCGUCAAAAUAACAGAUUUUGGUCUACGUCAUCUCCGGGAAGACAGUUCGUGUGAACACCACGAAAACAGUUAUUCCUAUUAUCGACAAAAAUUAUGGACGGCACCAGAGAUAUUACGGGUAUCAGGAAAACAGUUUAGUGGUACACAGAAAGGAGAUGUAUAUAGUUUCGGUAUUAUUAGUCAGGAGAUAGUAUACAGAGGAGGUGCAUUCUAUAGACACGAUAUGCAAUUAGCACACGAGGAUAUUUAUCACAAAGUAAAGAGUGGUAUGAAACCAUAUUUUCGACCAACAUUAGAAGAUUUUGAUUGUCCAUGUGAUGAGUUAGCUGGUGUUAUCAGAAGAUGUUGGUCAGAAGAUCCGACAGAAAGACCAGAUUUUCAGAGUUUAAAAAAUAUUAUUAGAAAAUUGAACAGAGAAGGGGAUAAAGGAAAUAUAUUAGAUAAUUUAUUAUCAAGAAUGGAACAAUAUGCUAAUAACCUGGAAGCUCUGGUUGCUGAAAGAACAGCAGACUAUUUAGAAGAAAAGAAAAAGACAGAGAACUUAUUAUAUCUUAUGUUACCAAAAUCUGUUGCAGGCCAGCUUAUACGAGGAGAACCUGUAGUAGCCGAAACGUUUGAACAAGUAACAAUAUAUUUUAGUGAUAUUUGUGGUUUUACAGCUCUCUCAGCUGAAAGUACUCCAAUGCAGAUAGUUAAUCUAUUAAAUGAUCUAUAUACAACGUUUGAUUCAACUAUCGAAAAUUUUGAUGUAUAUAAGGUAGAAACAAUCGGUGAUGCAUAUAUGGUAGUAUCGGGACUUCCGGAUAGAAAUGGAAACCUUCAUGCCAGAGAGAUAUCCCGGAUGUCUUUAGCAUUGUUAGAUGCUGUUUUAUCAUUUCGUAUUAAACACAGACCAGAUUUACAACUAAAACUUAGAAUAGGUUUACACACAGGUCCUGUAGUUACUGGUGUAGUAGGAUUAAAAAUGCCUCGUUAUUGUUUAUUUGGUGAUACUGUUAAUACAGCUUCUAGAAUGGAAUCAAACGGAUUACCUCUGAAGAUACAUGUGAGUUCAACUACCAAAUCUAUAUUAGAUACAUUCGGUACAUUUGAUUUAAAUCUUCGUGGAGAGGUGGACAUGAAGGGUAAAGGAUUCCAGAUAACAUAUUGGUUAAUAGGUGAACGGGAUCCAGAUAAAUAAUAAAACCAUAUUGAUGAACUGUUUUCGAACGGAUCUUUAUGCAAACCGUUUCGUCACACUUAAGUGCGUUUUGUACAGAAAUUUUGCGAAAAUAGAUCAAGAAUGACGGGUCAUUCUUGUAUUAAAGUCUGCGAAUUGUCUUAGUUUAGAGUGACCGACUUGGUUUGAUUUGAAAUGACUGGUUGUCCCUAUCCCAGAAUACCAUCUUUGUCUCGGUUGAGUAUAACCGAUUGUUCUCAGAGUAAUCGAAUACCUCGGUUAAAUUUAGUGUAUACUUACAAGAGAACUUUGUAUUGUGCUUUGAAACCAUGUAUGACUGUACAAAAUAAUGGCUGUUUUACGGGUCACUACAGUGGGAUACAACAGAAAGAACGACGAAAACAAUAAAUAAAUGUGCAAUCCUCGUCUAUAAGAUGUCCUAUUUUAUCCAAUUUUGAUUUAAAUAAAUAACAUCUUCAUAUUACCAGCCAUACAUUUAUUGAAUGUCUCUACAAGUGAGAAAUUAGUAAAAUUUGAAAU